GAUUUGACCUUAGUGGUACGAAUCCCUUUCGCUUGGCACGUGUAACCUGUACGUGGACUGGUUCAGCGCUGGUCAGUUUUUUCUUGAAUUAAAUUGAUCAUCUCGACCAGGGACGUAAUUUCAUAAUGGCGAGCAUGAAAGCUGAUAAUCCUGAAAAACCAGGACAAGAAGUAUCUCCAUCUGUUCAUCGUAUCAGAAUCACUCUUACGUCCAGGAACGUAAGAUCUUUGGAAAAAGUUUGCUCUGAAUUAAUCAAUGGUGCUAAGAAGCAAAAGCUGAAGGUCAAAGGACCAGUCCGCAUGCCGACAAAGAUUCUCAGGAUCACUACUCGAAAGACUCCUUGUGGUGAAGGAUCUAAAACCUGGGAUCGCUUCCAGAUGCGUAUUCAUAAAAGAGUGAUUGACCUUUAUUCACCAUCAGAAAUUGUGAAGCAAAUUACUAGCAUUUCUAUUGAACCUGGUGUAGAAGUUGAGGUCACCAUUGCUAAUGAAUAAGUUUUAAUAAAACGACAAAUCUUUAA